CCUUUCUACUACACUCCAAUUUUCAACUUCCUGUAAGCUAUAACCUUCUGCUCUGCUCAUCACUCCUUCCCUCAAAAAAAUAAAAUAAAAAUAAAAAAAACAAUGAUUUCUUCUUCAAGACUUCAAAUGUCCUUCUUUCAAUUUCUCUCUUUUCAUCUAAUUAUCCAAUUCACCCUCAUAUCUUCCAACUUUUUCGAACCGUUCAAUGUUACUUACGAUCACCGUGCUCUCAUCAUCGACGGCCGCCGCCGCAUACUCAAUUCCGCCGGAAUCCACUAUCCUCGCGCCACUCCCGAGAUGUGGCCUGAUUUGAUUGCAAAAAGUAAGGAAGGUGGAGCAGAUGUGGUUCAAACUUAUGUAUUUUGGGGCGGGCAUGAGCCAGUUAAAGGACAGUAUUACUUUGAAGGGAGAUAUGAUCUUGUAAAGUUUGUGAAGCUAGUGGGUGAAAGUGGACUCUAUCUUCAUCUUCGCAUAGGCCCUUAUGUUUGUGCCGAGUGGAAUUUCGGGGGCUUCCCAGUGUGGUUGCGAGAUGUCCCCGGCGUAGUCUUUAGAACAGAUAAUGCUCCUUUUAAGGAAGAGAUGCAGAAGUUUGUUACAAAGAUAGUAGAUCUGAUGAGAGAGGAAAUGCUAUUAUCUUGGCAAGGUGGUCCAAUCAUCAUGUUCCAGAUUGAAAACGAAUAUGGGAAUAUUGAGCACUCAUUUGGCCAGGGAGGGAACGAAUACAUGAAAUGGGCUGCUGGAAUGGCUUUAGCACUUGACGCUGGGGUUCCAUGGGUGAUGUGCAAGCAAACUGAUGCUCCAGAAAACAUUAUAGAUGCAUGCAAUGGAUACUAUUGUGAUGGUUUUAAACCAAAUUCCCCUAAGAAACCAAUAUUUUGGACCGAAGAUUGGGAUGGAUGGUAUACAACUUGGGGUGGAAGAUUGCCUCACAGGCCUGUUGAAGACCUUGCCUUUGCUGUUGCACGCUUUUUUCAACGUGGAGGGAGUUUCCAGAAUUAUUAUAUGUAUUUUGGUGGAACAAACUUCGGCCGGACUUCUGGGGGUCCAUUCUAUAUAACUAGUUAUGACUAUGAUGCUCCAAUUGAUGAAUAUGGUUUGUUGAGCGAGCCCAAGUGGGGGCAUUUGAAAGAUUUGCAUGCUGCCAUAAAGCUUUGUGAACCUGCUCUAGUUGCUGCAGAUUCAGCUCAGUAUAUAAAACUGGGACCAAAACAAGAGGCACAUGUGUACGGUGGAAGUCUAAGCAUUCAAAGCAUGAAUUUCUCUCAGUAUGGAAGUCAAAGCAAGUGCUCUGCAUUUCUUGCUAAUAUUGAUGAACAUCAAGCAGCUACUGUGAGAUUCCUUGGUCAAUCAUUUACUUUACCUCCAUGGUCAGUGAGUAUAUUACCAGACUGCAGAAAUACUGUCUUCAACACUGCCAAGGUUGCAGCACAGACUCAUAUCAAGACUGUGGAGUUUGUUUUGCCUCUUUCAAACAGUUCUCUACUUCCACAAUUCAUUGUUCAGACUGAAGAUUCUCCACAAUCAACAUCCUGGCUGACUGCCAAAGAGCCAAUUACUUUGUGGAGUGAGGAGAAUUUUACUGUGAAAGGCAUAUUGGAGCAUUUGAAUGUGACAAAGGAUGAAUCUGACUAUCUGUGGUAUUUCACAAGAAUAUAUGUUUCUGAUGAUGACAUUGCAUUUUGGGAGAAAAAUAAAGUCAGCCCUGCAGUUUCAAUAGAUAGCAUGCGUGAUGUGUUGCGUGUAUUUAUCAAUGGCCAGCUUACAGGCAGUGUGGUUGGUCAUUGGGUCAAGGUGGUCCAGCCAGUUCAGUUUCAGAAAGGAUACAAUGAGUUAGUGUUGUUGUCUCAGACAGUUGGAUUGCAGAAUUACGGUGCCUUCUUAGAAAGAGAUGGAGCAGGCUUUAAAGGUCAAAUUAAGCUUACUGGAUUUAAAAAUGGGGAUAUAGACCUCUCAAACUUAUCAUGGACUUACCAGGUUGGGCUUAAGGGUGAGUUCCUUAAAGUUUACAGCACAGGCGAUAAUGAAAAGUUUGAAUGGUCUGAAUUGGCAGUUGAUGCUACUCCAUCCACAUUUACCUGGUAUAAGACAUUCUUCGAUGCACCAUCCGGGGUUGACCCAGUUGCUCUUGAUUUGGGAAGCAUGGGAAAGGGCCAGGCAUGGGUCAAUGGUCACCACAUAGGAAGAUACUGGACAGUGAUUUCUCCAAAAGAUGGAUGUGGAAGUUGUGAUUAUCGUGGAGCCUACAGUUCUGGAAAGUGUAGAACAAAUUGUGGCAAUCCUACUCAAACCUGGUACCAUGUCCCUCGGGCAUGGUUAGAGGCAUCAAAUAAUCUACUUGUCGUGUUUGAGGAAACAGGAGGGAAUCCAUUUGAGAUUUCAGUUAAGUUACGGUCAGCAAAAGUGAUUUGUGCUCAAGUGUCAGAGUCCCAUUAUCCACCUCUCAGGAAGUGGUCCCGGGCAGAUUUAACUGGUGGGAAUAUAUCACGCAAUGAUAUGACACCAGAAAUGCACUUGAAGUGUCAAGAUGGGCAUAUAAUGUCCUCAAUAGAAUUUGCUAGCUAUGGAACUCCUAACGGUAGCUGCCAGAAGUUUUCUAGGGGCAACUGCCAUGCCUCCAAUUCUUCUUCUGUGGUCACUGAGGCUUGCCAGGGGAAAAAUAAGUGUGAUAUUGCGAUUUCGAAUGCUGUAUUUGGAGACCCAUGCCGCGGGGUUAUCAAGACACUGGCCGUUGAGGCAAGAUGCAUCUCAUCAUCAAAUAUUGGUUACUCUCGCUACUGAAGUCCCAAGCCUCUGGCAUAUUUGACAAUCUAAAGCAUCCGACCGGGAUGUCUGGCAUUUUUAAACUUAAUCCAAACCUGCCUACAUUUUCUGAGUGAGCUGACAGCAAACUGCUUUAUGUCAUGGCUACAGGCUUGUCAUGCCAGACGCCAUGCUACUUUCUGGUCCUUCGUCUAAGGCUUGUAUGAAGUCAUUUUAUAUGUAAAUAAGCUAUACACAAAGUUGAAUAAUGUUUUAAAAAUCCUGGUUUUGGAAUGGGAAUUAGAAAUCUGGGUCUUAUUGAAUAA